AUGCACUCGAAGAAGACAUAUCCAGACACCUUAGACGCACAGGUUGAGUAUCUUAAGGAGAAACUUAAUAAGAACACUACUAAAGCCUUAGUGAAGUUGAACAAGAAAAUGGGAGUUGAUCUUGGAAGAUCUUCUACCAAAGAUAUGUGGCUUACUGCUUGAUGUAAGAAACUAGUGACACUAGAGGGUCAAUCUCUUGUUCACAAGAUCCUUCCAAAAACCAUUAUUGAGCAACUUUUUGAGAGUUUCCCACCACCGUUAGUCAAAGCUAAAUUUGCUGAAGAGAUCAAGAAUUCCAAGUCUGUAGUAACUAUAGAUGAUGAAGCCGAUACUGAAGGCUCUGUUAAAGAAGUCCCUGGCUGUGUGAGGCAGUCUAGCCACGGCUCACUUAAACAAAGCUCUCUAAAGAACGACAGUGGUUUUGACAUGAAGAAAAGGACUAAAGAGUGUAAUCCUUAUGAGAACGAGUGGGUAAAAAUCAUUGAAGAUUUGAGAUAUGAAGAGAUAGAUUCUAAUCCAAAGAAUCCAUAUCCCUGAAUAAUGCAUACUGAAGAAAGCAAAGAUGUCAUUGACUGUGUUUGAGGCAAAACAACAGGAGGAAGAGUUAUUGAAUGAGAAAGAUGAGGCCGCCAACAACAUCAGAAAUGUAUGAGUGCACAACAAGAAGACAAGAAAGGAUUUAUUUGAAUUCUGUGUAAGAUGAAAGUCAUGGAUCCUUUUAUACUACCUAUAUACUGCAUUUUGAAGCCAUUCGAAGUGAAAACUGUCAACACCUUUGCAAAGCUUUCAAUGGAUUCAGCAGCUUUUGACCUUCCUGAAAAGCUAUACUCUUUACUAAAAUGAUCAAGUUCAGUGAAAAAUGAUAUUACCGUACAACUGAGAUGAGUGAGGAUCCCACCACCUCCAAGUGGAGACCUUAUUUGUAUGACAGGAGGUAGAAGCAGUGUAAAUCUAAAAGGCUAUGAACAUGGGUAUCCUAAGAAAGGAAUGCUUCAUCUAAACAAUGUGUUACACCGCAAAUUUGAUAUGCCUGCACCUCCGAACGAUGAAAAACGGAGGAAAGAUGAAAUUAUAGAGAUAUCCAGUUACCUUAAGAUGAAGAAAAACAUCAUUGAUAUCAGUAAAGUAUCCAACCACAAAGAUCCUGAAAGAUAUUUCUGUGCUAUCUUCUUGUGUAAAAAGUUUUCUAAGAAGCAGAUUAUUGGCUAUGUCCGCAAGAAAUGUAAGGAAGAUACCUCUGAAGCAAUGAAUACACUCAGAAGAAGAAUGGGCAAGGAUGAAAUUGUUGAGGGAAGACCACUCAAGAGAAGGAAGUAUGCUGAAGAUGAUGAGAUAGUCAUGGACCGUACCUUAAACUUCAAAUUUUCUUGUCCAAUCACUUGCACAAGACUUAGGAUCCCAGUAAAAGGGUACUAUUGAGAACAUAUUGAGUGAUUUGAUCUUGAGAACUUUAUUGUGAUGAACAACAACUUCAAAAGCUUCAAGUGCCCUAUAUGAAGUAAGAAGGCAGUGAUCCUUCAUGUUGAUACUAUCAACCAGAAGAUGAUUAAGGUGCUUCCACCUGAAACAACCCAGAUAAAGAUCAAAGAGGACAUGGUAGCAUACUGAAAUUCAGGGGUUCAGAUGGACCUUGAAAAACUAGUAGAGAUGAUCAAUAAUAAUGCCCCAGAAGAAGAAAUAAAAGCAAACCUAGUAGUAAAAAGUACAGUUCCUUUUGAUACAGAAACCAGUGACAACUCUGGUUCUGAAGAAGAAAAGAUUCCUCAAAAAGAAAAGCAUGUAGAAACUGUAAAUCUCCAAAAUUUAAGCAGUAAUGGGACUGCAGGUAAAGAACAACUUGGUAAAAAGAUUGAAGAUCCAUUGGAAAAGAAGAAUGGAGAGGCAGUUGAUGAGAUAUUAGGUUCAAACCCUCCUCCUAUUAGAGAUGUCUUCAAGCCUCCUCGAGGAAGGCUUAACUUUAAUGAGCCUAUUCUCUUAGACUAGAAAUGCUCUAUUAACGAACUAAUUGUUAGAAACAUUUUUAACU